AUGACCGUGUUCCAGCUGAUGUCCUCUGUGUUCGGGAAGCUGGGUGGCCAGGAGGUUUCACUCCUCGUGCAACUUCACAAGCACCAGGAAGUGCAGGCCACCCUUCGCCCUUCUUUCCCUAGCGGGGAGGUGGGGGUGGAGGGCCCUGCUGAGCAGGAAGUGCAGGCUGCCCUUUGCCCUUCUUUCCCUAGUGGGGAGGUGGGGGAUGGGGGGCCCUGGAAGAAUGGCCUGGGUCCCACGGAGACAUCUAUCUCUGCCAUGGCCUCCAUCUCUGAUGCCUUUGGGGUUCUCUUUGUAGCCCUCAGCUUUGCUGGGUUUGGGUCUGAAGGAGCAGGAACCCUUCAGAGGGUUGUGCUCAUGAAGCUCAGGACUCUGCGUUAUCUGCACCUUGUGACUCUACCAGUUACCCAGUUCCAAAGCUGGUUCCACGUUUUCAGCUCACUCCUGCUCACCUGUAACCAUUCACUGCUUCCCAGGACUGGAACAGGGACAUCUCCAGAGACUGCCGUUCCCCUCACCUGUAACCAUUCACAGCUUCCCAGGACUGGGACAGAGACAUCUCCGGAGACUGCCGUUCCCCUCACCUGUAACCAUUCACAGCUUCCCAGGACUGGAACAGGGACAUCUCCGGAGACUGCCGUUCCCCUCACCUGUAACCAUUCACAGCUUCCCAGGACUGGAACAGGGACAUCUCCGGAGACUGCCGUCCCCCUCACCUGUAACCACUCACAGCUUCCCAGGACUGGAACAGGGACAUCUCCAGAGACUGCCGUCCCCCUCACCUGUAACCAUUCACAGCUUCCCAGGACUGGAACAGGGACAUCUCUGGAGACUGCCAUCCCCCUCACCUGUAACCAUUCACAGCUUCCCAGGACUGGGACAGGGACAUCUCCGGAGACUGCCGUCCCUCUCAGCUGUAACCAUUCACAGCUUCCCAGGACUGGGACAGGGACAUCUCCGGAGACUGCUGUUCCCCGAUACUUGCUUUACAACUCGAUAAGUCAGCCAGGCUUCCCAUCGUACAGACACACUGCUCGCCAAUGUCCCUUCUCAUCUCCUACCCAGCACAGGAAUUUGAGCUCUGAAGCCCGCAAAGAAUGAGUCCUUGCUGAUGGGACACUGGCAGUGGCCUCCAGGGAGUGGCCUGUGACUGAGGUCCCUUGAUCUGCUUGUGGAUCUGCCGCUACAUCUUUGGAGUUGAAACAGACACACUGGGAAUCCACCCGUCAACUCUCAUCAUCAAUACAUUUCCGGUUCCCUAGAGGCCAUGGCUGAAAGUCUAGCUGGAAAUCAUUUCAUGGAUGAAUGCCGGCUAACACCGUGGGGUUCCAGGUUCUGUGCUAGGUGGUCUGUCUAGGUGAGAGCACUAAAUGUUCACUAUGAGCCUGGAACGGGGAGGACCCCAUGACGCCCUUUCUGUAGAUAAGCAAACUGCGCUAAAGGUGGUGAUGACUCGCCCACUUCAGCCAGUGAUCCGGCAGAAGGCACAUCCCUGAACCAGGCUCCAGUGGGUGCGACUGUGCCUGAGGAGUUGUCUGGGGCUUUUUGUGGCAGCAGCCCAGGAAUCAGGUGAGUACCCCUGCUGAGCUGCCGAUCAGGGA